CAUCAGCUACACGGGAUUACUUUCAGUUACAAGUACAAAGGAUGCAUAGAGACAUGCAAUCGUCUGCUAGCCAAGGAAACUGAAUUAAAAAGGCCUACACAGAUGUUUCUCUUCCUUCUGCUCUCUCUGGCUCUGACCUCCCCCGCUAACUGCUGGACCAAUGGGACGACAGUCGAGUAUUGGGUGAGACCAGACACAAUGUUAGAGUGCCCCCACUCCAUACCACAACACCAGUGUGUCACUAUAACAGAUCUGGUGACUAACUCCACAGACACAAGCAUCAAUGGUGGAAUGAGUAUCAAUGUAUUUUUCAUAGCUGGGACUCAUGUUCCAAAAACGAGCGGUUGGAUUGUUGUUGGAAAUCCUUAUUUAGAUCAGAAUGUAUCAGCAAAUUUUAUAGCAAUUUCAGAUGGACAAAACCAACAAAAUGCUAUAAUUGAUUGUGAGUCAGGUCACCCAAUUAGCUUUGUGUUUCUUCAACUUCUAUCUUUAACUAUAAAGAAAAACAUCGAACUACAAAAUUGUGGUUAUAAAAUAUCAUUCAAAAAAAUAUUUAAUGGUCCACUAUCUCUAAAUAAAACCACGUCAUCAGUAGUAAUCAUGAACGUACCUGAGCUGGUAAUUACUAACAUCAAUAUCACUAGCAGCAGAGGAGCUGGUAUGAUCAUUAUUCUAACAAACUGCCACAAUAGUAACAUGGUAACGCUAAAUGAUAUUGUUAUACACGGUAGCAAUCAAACUGGAAAUACUAUUAUCGGAGGCAACUUGUACCUAUGGAUGUUUAGUAUGUCACAAGAAAAUAUACUUAGGAAACCCACGACUAUCUCAAUAACAAAGUCUACAUUUUCGAAUGGAAUUGGUCGGUGCUUGACGGGAUUUACAGUAUUCGGGUGCUCCUCUGGUGGACUAACACUUUCUUUGCCAAAUAAAAACAUACCUGAUGUAAGACUUAGUAUAUUGAUAAACAGUUGCAAAUUUAUGGACAAUAAAGCUCAUAGUGGCGGUGGUAUCAGAUUAUUCAUGGAGCACUCAUAUUUUCAGCCAGUUAGUUCGACAGAUAACAUUCACAUUCAUAUCACCAAGUCAAUUCUUUUAAGGAAUACAGCCGAGGCAAUUGGUGGUGGCAUUGAAACAGAUACUGAAGGAAUAGAUUUGACCAUAUCUGAAACAGUGUUCAGAUUUAACUCAGCUGAAGUCGGUGGUGCAGCAUACAGUUUAUCUAGAGACUUCUCUUCCGUAUAUUUUGACAGAUGCACAUUCAUAGGCAAUGAAGCAAGAUAUGGAGCAGCUAUCAAUACAAAACAAGACCGCAUAAAGAUCAGUAAUUGCACAUUCAUACACAACACAUGCACAGCUACAACAGAUGAAGAGAGAAAGGAAACUGGUACAAUUCAUGUCAUAAACAGGAUAACUCUUUGCAUGGAAUUUGUCGGGAUAACUCUUUUCAUGGAAGAUGUUGAAAUUACCAGCAAUGAUUGUAGAGGUAUUUACCUUUAUGACAUGGACCUAAAACUGUCUGGAACAAACGUAAUUAACAGUAACCAUGCUCGGCAGUCAGAUGGCGGGGCUAUACUGUUUGAUUGCUCAACUUCUAGUGCAAGUUUCGUUGUAUUUGAUACACAGUCAACUACUCUUAGUAUAAUCAACAACACAGCAGACGGUUAUGGUGGUGGUAUUGCAAUUCGUCAUGAUUGUGGCCAUGGACUUCAACGUUGUUUUUUUAAACUACCAACACAAAAAAUUAGUAUGAAACAAAACACAGCAACGAAAGGAGGUGAUGCAAUUUAUGGAGGAGAGCUAAAACACUGCGAUUUAUGGGAUAUCCUUGAUACGGAGAGAAAUACAUCAUCAGCUAUUUCCUCUCCACCAAAUGAAAUAUGUAUUUGUUCUGAUAACUUCCCACAGAAACACACUUGCUCACACUUCAUGCAACUAGACACUUAUCCAGGACAGAGGUUCCAAGUUCCACUAGUGUGUGUGGGACAGUACAACUAUUCCUCCCGUUGCAAAGUACAAGCACAUUUAGAGACAAGUAUCGCAGAUAUUGCUGAUGAAACAAUCCUUCAAAACAUUGCCAAAGAAUGCAAACAUCUGUACUACUCAAUAGAAACUCGACAAACAAACUAUACUGAAACACUGAGUCUGACAAUAGUCAAAGAACAAGACUCUAAUUACGAAUGGAGCGAUCAAAUAAUACCAACAGUAAUUGAGAUUAGAAUUAAAGCAUGUCCACCUGGUUUUACAACGAAAACAAAUGCUAGAAAAUGUAUCUGCACAGAUUAUCUAGUGUCUAAAGGAAUUACAUGCAACAUUGAAGAUGAGCGACUGUACAAGACAUCCUCCAUGUGGGUCGGCAACUAUUCAGGGGACGUUGUUGUGCAUCAAGUCUGUCCAUUCGAUUACUGUAAGAGCAACUUCACCAAAGUCGAUCCUUUCAACCAGCAAGAGCAGUGUGACUUUAAUCGCAGUGAUGUAUUGUGUGGAGCUUGUCGACCUGGGCUCAGUCUAGCCCUGGGGACAUCGCAGUGUAAAGAGUGCUCUAAUAUCAACCUUCUCUUAUUGAUACCAUUUGCACUGGCAGGAGUCGUCUUGGUUGUUCUUUUACUCAAAUGUAACCUCAUUGUUUCCACGGGAACUAUCAACGGCCUUAUUUUCUACGCCAACAUUGUACGAGCCACACAAACCGCUUUCUUUCCAAUCAGCACCGAUAACAAAUUCGUGAGCAUUCUCUCUGUCUUUGUUGCCUGGUUGAACCUUGACCUGGGCAUAAACACAUGUUUUGUGAAUGGACUCAACACAUACUAUCGUACAUGGCUACAAUUUAUCUUUCCUUUGUACAUUUGGACAAUAGUAGGCCUGCUAAUUUUAAUCAGCCGCUACUCUAUCAACGUCUCUAAAUGGACGGGUUCAAACACAGUAUCAGUUCUAGCUACACUCUUCCUACUAUCGUAUGCUAAACUAUUGAGGACUACUUUCGAUACCUUUUCAUCGACCAUUCUCACAGACGUCAACAGUACACCCACCAUCCUCUGGCUGCUCGAUGGCCGCUACACAUUCCUCAAGUGGCCUCACAGCUUGCUCUUUGCAGCUGGCCUGUUCAUUUUAUUAGCACACAUACUGCCGUUCACUAUCCUGAUAUUAACCGCACCUUUUCUGCAGCGAUACACACACUAUAAGUUAUUACGAUGGGUCAACAAGUUAAAGCCUCUACUGGAUGCUUAUCAAGGUCCUUACAGAGUCAAGUCUCGCUAUUGGACUGGACUACUACUGCUAGCUAGGCUCGUUAUACUAACAGCUGUGUCUUUAAACGUAUCUGGAAAGCAAUCCGCCAAUUUGCUAGUGAUAAGCAUAGUACUGUCUAUUUUAUUAGUGACACUGGUUGUAUUUGGCAUAGCAAAGCUCUAUAGAAGCAAACUAUCAAACUUCCUGGAGCUAUUCUUUCUGGCAAAUCUUCUGCUACUAACUGUCACAUCACUGUUUCUACAGUCAAACCAGACUGAUAAAAUCAGCGGACAAAGUAUAACAAUCUGCUGUAUGGUGGGUAGUGCAUUCGCUAUGUGUGGCCUCAUCUUAGUCUAUCACUGCUACGUUGUAUGUCAGAGAAUAGAAGCUAUCAAGCGGCUAACAUCGAGAGUUGUUUCAUCUCUAAAAAGGCCUCGGAAUCGAGCACAAACAAAUGAUGAUAUCAUUAGUGGCCCCCCACAUAGCACACCCCCCACAGUCACAGAGGUUGGUUUGAGAGAACUGUUACUAGAGGAUAACUAAUCAUUGGACUCAAUCAUAAUGCAUGGAACAUACGUACUAUACAUGUUAGAAGUCGUAAACUAGAACACACAUAUACCGGUAUAUAGAUCUAGCGUUUAUAAACACACACGUACUACAUGUAAAAGUUUAUUUGUAUGACACCAA